UUCUGGGCUUGGGGGGGUCCCCAGGGUGCUGCUGCGUCCCCAGCACAUGUCCCCAUGUCGCAGGAGACCUCUGUGAGGUCACAAUGGUUGGGCUCUACAUCUUCCUCCUGGGGCUGGUGCUGCCCCAGUUUCUCAUGGCUUUUGCCUGGAGGAGCAGCGUGUCGAUCCGGGGGAUCCUGCUGCCCAUGCGGAGGAUGAGAGCGCUCACAGCUCUCUGCCCAUGCGUGCGUUCCCAGUCCAGACCUGCGCGUUCUGAGGACAGAGGCGGGGUGACGGGGACUGUCCCUGCGGCCGUCACUACCUUUGUGGCCGUCGGGACUUCUCUGCUAAAGCGACUGCAAGACCAUGAGGGUGACCGAGUGGAGACGUACCGGGAGCUGGAGAGCGUCUUGUGGGGAGACGACGGCUGUUUGACGAGUGGCGUUGUGAACCGCCUGAUAGCAGAGGCGUUGAGUGACAUGCGAGCGGCCCAGGGUGUGACAGGUGACGUGAAGAUGGCCGCGAGUGACGUCCUGGUAGCUCUGGCCCGCUCCCACUUCCACUUUGUCAUGUCGGAGCUCCAGAGCCACCUGAAGGCCAUGAGGAAGGUCCCUGAUGAGAUUGUGCUCCUCACCUUGGGCAAAAUGGCCCGCAGAUAUGCCCUGCGGUGCAUCCCCUUUGUGGGAAUGACGCUGCUCGCCCUGCGCACCGUGCUGACCCAGGUGGGGAGCGGCGAGGUCCUGCAUGCCGUCUGCAGUGUUCUGGAGCAAUGGUCGAAAGGAGUCCAUACAUACUUGUGCAGCUGGGAGCAAUGCCCCUUCCCUCGCAAGGGGGUGGCACAGUUCUGUGAAGCCAUUUACCCGGUCUUCCGCUAUGUGGUGGCAAAUUGGCUGGACUGCAAGGAGGAAGAGGACAAGCAGGCUGUCCUCGGGGCAGUGGCUGCCAUGCUGGGGGUCCUUCUGCAUGAGGAGCAGCACCGAGACCAUACCUGGGAGCAGCUCCUCUGGCUCCUGCAGCAAUACAAGGAGGUCCGAGACACCUCCCGGGUCACCAAGAGCCUCAGCUAUGUCCUGGAGAUACUGGUGGGAGUUCAGACCCCAAUCCCGCAGAGCACGGCUCUUGCCAUCAGCACCGCUGUGCACCGCCAGCUCUCUGAUGUGACCGAGGAGCCUGGCCUGGCCCAGAAGGCAGUGCUGUCCCGCUGCAUCAUGCUGCAGGCACAAAUGCGCCCCGAGGAGACAGGCAUGUUUCUGCACUCCCAGCUGAGCGGUGGGAGUGAGGCCGGUCGCGUGGCAGCCCUGGGCCUGCUGGGAGUGCUGGCCCACUCUGACGGACGUGCGGCGAGAGGGAAGCUGCCCCAGGUGGUGGAGGCCAUGUGCUCGUUGUGCAGUGACCCCAGUGCCCAGGUGCGGAGGGCAGUUCUGGAGUUCAGCAGGGAGCUGCUCAGCUCCGGAUCCCAGAGCUGCUGGCCAUGGGAUGUGGUGGGGCACAUCUUCAGCGAGUUCAGCCGGACCUCGGGCAGACUGGUGGCAGGAGGCCUUUUUGCCUGGGAAAACCCAGAGGAUAAAGCAAUUCGAGCCCUGUGCAUGGACAUCCUGGGCUCCCUGGACGUCACUCUGAGAGGGAUGACCAAACUCCUGUGGCCGAGGCUGCUGCAGUACGUGGUGCCAGCCCAGUACAGCGGCAUGCUGAUCCCGCUCUCCCGCUGUCUCCGAGCCCUGGUUGAGAGACGGGAGAGAGCGGGGUGCGAGGAGGAGGAGGAGGAGCCGGAUGCCAUGGACUCCCAGGAGCAAGCCCGGCUGCCGGCUCCCCAGGCCCUGCUGGCUCGACUGCUGGUGGUGGCGGCAGCUCCUUACCCGAGCCGCGAACGCGCAGUCGCUGCCUUGCAGCUGCUGCAGGCCCUCCACGGCAGGAUCCACAGAGGCUUGGGGGUGGCGUGGGCGACCGAGAUCCCCCUCCUGCUGCAGUACCUGGAAGGCAGAACUGAGAGCUCCCUGGCCUCUGCAGAGUGGGAGCGCCGUGUGCUUAAGUUUCUGCGAGCGUCGCUGGAGCCCGUCGAGGACGAGGCCUGGACCGUAGGCCUGAGCCAGGAGCUGAGCCAGCGGCUGGGCAGCUCUGCUGCCGGCUCCUGGGAGAAGCUUUUCCUGUACAAGGCUCUUGGGACGGUGCUGGCAGCUUGUCAGGACCUCAGACACGUCCAAGGGCAGGUGCUGAGGUUCCUGCGGGACACAAACCCUGUGGAGCUGUCUGAGGCCAAGGGAAUGAUUUCUGUUGUGUCCCACGCUGCCGAGAGCCACUUCCACCUGGUCCUGGGCACGGUGACUAUGUUCUCUGCCACUUUCACCAGAGACUGGUCCUACCAGGCUUCCACGGGCUGGAAGGUACAGCGGCGGCAGAAGAUGGAGAGAACCCAGACCAUUCGUGCUGCUCUCAUGCGCACCUACGGCGGCAUUGCACUGCACGCCCCCAAGGAGCAGCUGCUCACCUGUGUGGAUAAAGACAUCAUGGGCAACAUCCUGAGGCUGUCCAGAGAUAAACAGAGGGUAGGAGCACAGGGCGCGUAG